CCUCGAGCACUCGCUGCACUGCUUGUAGCAUUGUCAUGGCCAAAGGCACCAAGUUGAAUUCCCGCAAAGAAGAAGCCCUCGGCGAGGAGUUUUGGGAGGUUUGGAAGGAUCACACAUUCAGAUUUUGCUUCAAUUGUACCCAGUGCUCGGCUGAGAUAGUCAUAAGGACAGACCCACAAUAUUCACACCUUGCUGUUGAGGGCGGUGCUUCGAAAUUUUGUAGUCAUUUUAUCCCUUGGCUUCCCCCUAGGGUUGAGGAGAAAGAGAAGUUGGUUCCUUACACGGACCCAAACUGGCAAGAGAAAAGAGAGGAGGUCUUAGUUAACAGGAUACAACAAAUUAUAGAUAAGCGUAUUCAGAAAAGGAAGAUUGAAGAAGCGGGAGAUGCCAUGAAAUCUUUGGAUUCCAAAAGAGAGAUUUAGCAGUUUUCCGUCAAGGUAGAUUCCUUAUUAUUUGUAAUCAGAUUCAUAGCCGAUCGAUGUGAUAAUGCAUGUAGUUUGCUAAGCUUGGGCAUGUGACUGAUCAUUUAGAGCAGAAUGAAGACUUUCCUAAACAAAAAUAUGUACAAGUUGGUCCUACAUUCCAUGCUUCUGCUAAUUUAGCUAGUUUUCAUUGUCAUUGGUUUAUUUGAUAUCCUUGUGUACAUUAAUGUGUUUAUUUUUGAGAUGUACGCAGGUUUAUGAAAUAUUUUGACUUUUGUGUUGAUAGAAACGGAGGGCGCUGCUAAGACAUAUGUGUAUUUUUUUAGAUGUGUGGUUUAGUAAUGCAAUAUCUCCUACUCCUACAUUCCUUUGUUUAUGUUUGUUUAGGUAUUCCGAUUCAAACAGCUUACAAUUGACUAAAAUGUAAUGUAUAAUGAUUAAAGAUUUACUUACCAUU